AUGAAGCUGUUCGUUUGCCUGAUUGCCUGUGUGAGCUUGGCCCAAGCUGGCUUCCUCGGUGGUGGCGGUGGUGGUGGCUGGUCCUCGGGCGGUGGUGGUGGCUAUUCCGGCGGUGGCUACUCCGGCGGUGGCUACUCCGGCGGUGGCUACUCCGGCGGUGCUGCACCCACUGUUGUCAAAGUAAUCCACGAGGAAGGUCACGGACAUGGACACGGCGGCGGUGGUGGUUUCGAUCACGGUCAUGGACAUGGCGGUGGCUUCGAUCAUGGACAUGGACAUGGCGGUGGCGAAGUCAAAAUCGUCAAAGUUAUCCACGAAGAGGGACAUGGACAUGGACACGGCGGUGGUUUCGAUCAUGGACAUGGACACGGCGGUGGUUUCGAUCAUGGUCACGGACACGGCGGUGGUUUCGAGCAAGGUGGUGAGGUGAAGAUCGUCAAGGUCAUUCAGGCUGCUGGUCACGAUGCGGGCUACUCCCACGGUGGUCACAGUCACAGUCACGGCGGUGGUUACAGUCACGGCGCUGGUCACAGUCACAGCGGUGGUGAAGUGAACAUUGUCAAGGUGAUCCACGAGGAAGGUCACGGACACGACGCUGGCUUUGGCGGUGGACACGGACACGGACACGGAUUCGAGCACGCCGGUUACGGUGGACACGAUCAUGGUCAUCAGGCGGAGGAUGUGAAAAUCAUCAGCGUCAUCGGCGAAGGUGUUGGCGGUGGUGUGAGCGGUGGUGGUGAUGCCGGUGGUUGGUCGGCCGGCGGUUGGUCUGCCGGUGGUGCAUCUGGCUGGGAUUAAGCUAGACACAAGCCGCAUUACA